CAAACUACAACCAAUUCUGUACUGUUUUGAGAAAAAAAAAAAGUGUGGAGAAAAGGUAGAGCAGUCUCAUUGAGAUAUGGCUUUUAUACUUUGUUAUCUUCUUGCCUUUGCCUUCUUCAAUUAUGCUGAAGCACAGCAGCUGCAGUCUAAUAUAAGCCUGGGCUCUGCUUUAACACCUACGACCAACUCCUCAUGGGCGUCUCGUUCUGGUAUGUAUGCCUUUGGAUUUUACAAGCAAGGCAAUGGCUUCGCUGUGGGGAUAGUUGUUGCUGGGAUCCCGGAAAGGACUGUAGUGUGGACUGCAAACCGAGAUGGUGGACUAGUCUCGGACAAUGCCAGCUUGCUCUUCACAAGUGCUGGGAUUGCCUUGAGAUCUACACAAGGGCAAAGUUUGGUGAUUGGGGAGAACAAUGUUUCUUCUGCUUCAAUGAUGGAUUCGGGUAAUUUUGUGCUGUACAAUGCCAGUGGUGCAAUAGUAUGGCAAAGCUUUCGGUACCCAACUGAUACCUUGUUGCCCACUCAACCACUACUGGCAGGGAAAGAACUUCUGUCUGCUAAAUCAGAAACUAAUCACUCAUCAGGCAUUUUCCGCCUCGCUAUGCAAGUUGAUGGAAACCUUGUCCAAUAUCCUGUGGACACCGGAAAUGAUAGUCCUUAUUCCGCUCGAUAUGCGUACUAUGCAUCUUAUACAGAUAGAAGUGGAACAAAUGUGUCACUAAAUUUGGGUGUUAAUGGCCGUCUUUACUUGCUCAAUGAUACUGGUGGAAUUUUAAAAAAUCUCUUUGAUGGAGCCACUCGAGGAUGGUCUUAUCUUGCGAGAAUUGAUGCAGAUGGGAUUUUUCGUGUGUAUUCGUAUGAUUUGAAACAGAAAGGAAAUUGGUCUAUUGAAUGGUCAUCUUCAGAGGAUAGAUGUGUCCCUAAAGGUGCAUGUGGAGUUAAUAGCUACUGUGUUACUAUGGGGGCAAGAGCCGACUGUCCAUGUCUUCCUGGAUUCGAAUAUGUCAACCCGGGAGAUCAGACUUUAGGUUGUGAGAGCAAUUCCUCUGUUGUAGAUGUUUGCAAAUUGAAGAAUUCGAACUGCAGCUAUGCCAUCCUAGAACUGGGCAGCACAACAUGGGAGAAUGAGCCGUAUAUGCAACUGUCAUCUUCAGGUAAAGAAGAUUGCAAACAGGCUUGUUUGGAUGAUUUGAACUGUCAGGCUGCAAUCUUUGAUGGUUCAACAUGCAUAAAGCAGAGGCCUCCUUUGAGAUAUGGAAGACGAGAUAUGAGUACUCCGAAUAUACUUUUCAUCAAGGAGGUAGUGAUGUCUUCUGUACCUCCAGCACCUGAUGCAGUUGUUCCCAAAGGAAGCAGGAAAGAUGAUAAAAAAUUAUUCUUGAUUAUUGGCGUGUCAUUUACUGCUUUGGGGUCCAUUUUAUUGGUGAUUUCUGUAAUUUUAUUAUGGAAACACAAUGUCUGGGCAUAUAAAAGAAUGAAUGAGCUUAAUGGUGAUGCUGAGUGGAAUGAAGAUGGCGCUCCGCGGCCAUAUGCUUAUGAAGAGCUAGUGAAGAUGACUAAUAACUUCAAUGAAGAGGUUGGUAGAGGAGCCUCAGGAACUGUCUACAAAGGGGCGAUCGCAAAUAGCCAAAAGCUAGUUGCUGUCAAGAGACUUGAGAAAGUUGCAACUGGUGAAGGCGACAAAGAAUUCCAGAAUGAAAUGAGAGUCAUUGGCAGAACCCAUCACCGGAAUUUAGUCCAUUUACAUGGGUAUUGUCUUGACGGACCAAAGAAGCUUUUGGUGUAUGAGUACAUGAGCAAUGGUUCACUUGCAGAUAUACUCUUCACAUCUGAGGGUAAACCAAAUUGGGAAGAAAGAAUGGGAAUCGCUCGCAACAUAGCACGAGGUUUCCUUUACCUCCAUGAAGAGUGUGAUAAACAGAUCAUCCACUGUGACAUAAAGCCUCAAAACAUAUUGAUGGAUGAGUAUAUGUGCCCCAAAAUUGCCGACUUUGGUUUGGCAAAACUGCUUCAGCAAGACCAGACUAGAACCACUACCGGCAUCAGAGGAACGAAAGGGUAUGUUGCACCUGAGUGGCAUAGGAAAAUGCCUAUAACAGUUAAAGCAGAUGUUUAUAGCUUUGGAAUUGUGCUAUUGGAGAUUGUAUGCUGUCGGAGGAAUGUGGACUUAAGUCUUCCUCAUGAUGAAGCUAUCUUGGAUGAUCUGGUUUACCAUUAUUUUGAGAGUGGUCAGCUUGAAAAAUUGGUUGGAGAUGAAGAGAUAAACAUAAGGCAGUUGGAAAGGGUGGUUAGAGUGGCAAUAUGGUGCAUCCAGGAUGAGCCGUCACUCCGGCCAUCUAUGAAAAAGGUUCUGCUUAUGUUGGAAGGGACUGUAGAUAUCCCAGUUCCUCCUAGUCCAGUUUCAUUUCUCAGUACUAUCUAGAUUCUCAACAGUUGUGAGCUCAUCAGUUGAUCGAUCUGGUAAAACUAGUUCUUAGAUUGGAGUGUUUCAAACUUCAUUCUCUGUAUGUACGUCCUUGUGUUAUCAUAAUUGUUUAUGCUACUUCGUAAAUUUCUUUAUAGGAAAGCUUUCUAAGGUAUGAGCUACUUUCUAAUAACUUGAUAAGUAAUAACUCAGGCCUCAAGAAAUCUGUAAUUUCUUCAGAACUGCAGAAUACUUUUUUUUUUUGAGAAUGAAACUGCAGAAGACUUUGAGACAGUUGUUACACGAAUGAGUCUAUGAUGACCGGGUCCACUGAG